GUCAUUAGGAAGUCCUCGGGAAUGUUCGGUGUUUGUAUUUACUACUGUUGAGCCCCCAUUGAAAUGGUUCGAAAUGUAACUCUCUGUGUCUUCCUUGUAUUUAUUCAAGUUGUGUUGGGUCUGAAGUGUAAGUCUCAUACCGGGAAACCUGUGGAUUGGUUCACCGUGUACAAGCUCCCGGAGAUCCACGAGAUUGGGAUAGACCCGCUGUCCUAUGAUGGAGUCGGCUUCUAUUACAUGGACGCCGUGACGCCGUCAUGGAAGCUCUCUUCGGUCGGGAUCAACGACACAGGGCAUUCUGUGGAGUACACGCUGAGACAAAUCUACAAAAAUACUACCAAUGAUUACAUGUACGCUAUGUACAAUGACCAGCCUCCUGAGGGACACACAUCGUUGAACCACGGCCAUACCAAAGGUGUUUUCGCUUUUGAUAAGACGGAGGGAUUCUGGCUAAUUAUGAGUAUCCCACACUUUCCUCCCGCCAAACAUUCGGGGUUUUCCUACCCACACAGCGGGACGGUGUACGGACAGUCUAUUUUCUGCAUCAGUCUACCAUAUACAUCCAUUGAGGAUGUCGCUAAAAUUAUGACGUUCACCUAUCCAAAGUUCUAUGACUUUUACCUUCCUCCAACUUUCUCAUCGGAAAAUCCUAUCAUGACCGGCAUUUUAUCCAAUCAACAGAAACACGUGACCUCGCCUCCAUUUCAACUGGAAACCACCUUUCACUCAACAGAUGGCGUUGUUCUUCAUAACUUUGCUAAAUCAAAUGAUUUUCACAAAGAUUUAUAUGAUGCAUAUUUGGCACCAAUUUUACAAGAAUCUCUGUUUGUCGAAACUUGGCAAAAUGGACCCGAUAGUGAUACGUUACCGUCAAAUUGUUCUAUCAAGUUCCAGGUAUACAACAUACAAAUGAUCCGAUUCCCUAACGGAGACUUCAAAGAGACCAAAGAUCAUUCCAAGUGGGCGGUGUCUAGAACAGGAUCAUGGAUUUGUAUUGGGGACAUUAAUAGACAGAGCACCCAGUUUCACCGCGGGGGCGGGACCAUGUGUAUGUCCGACCCACACGUCUGGAAAGAGUACACCAACAUCAUUCGGGACAUCGAGACUUGCGGACCCAUAUUUGGAUGAAUCCGAGCAUGGAAGGCAGCGAAUUGAAAUAUUUUUGUAGCAACAAUUGACUUUUUAUUAAAACUUAACAUUAUUUCCUCAGGCUGUUUUGAACCAUAAUUUUUAAUAUGCCGGGAAGAUAUUAAACUAGUUUUGUUUGAAUAGUUUGUCUACGUGAUUUUGAGGCAUUUUUAUAUUAAAACUUAACAUUAUUUA